GUCAAAAGCCUGCCUCUAGAACAAAGGAGAAAGCUCACCAACUAGCAAAGUCCAAAGCUUUUACCCUACCAAGCCAUUUCCACAUAAAAAAGACGAAACCUAGAACAAAAUCAAUUCAUCUGCUUCCGAGAAACAUGUCUUUCACAAUCAACAAUAACAACAACAAUCAAAGCAUUUCUUGUUCACCACUUCCUCUUGCUUUCUACCAAUGAAAGAUCCUUUCACUAUGGAAAACUCAGCAACAAUAACGACAACAUCAAGAAGUUUUGGCUCUGAUGCUUUGGCCACCACCCUCAGCAACUCAAUCCAGGCUCUGGGUCGAGGCUUCGAUGUCACCUCCGAUAUAAGGCUUCUCUACUGCAAGGGAGCUCCUGGGUCGAGGCUGGUUCACCUUGAGGAGGACAAAGCCAGGGAUCUUGUGCCUUCUGAUGGCGUUGUGGUGCCAAAUGUGCCUGUUGACAUUCAGUGCUCAGUGGGGAAGAGUGCCAUAGAGAGAAAAUCUGUGUGCAGCUUUCAUGAGAUGGCAGAAUAUUUUAACAAGAAAUCAGGCUUAUCAGGAUGCAUCCCACUGGGAAGCUUUAAUGCCAUGUUCAAUUUCACUGGUUCUUGGCAAGUUGAUGCAGCAGCUACGAAAUCCCUUGCAAUGGUUGGAUAUUUCAUUCCCUUAUUUGAAGUUAAAUUAGCAAAGCCUAAUUUAGUUUUGCGUGAAGAAAUCAGACGUGCUGUUCCUUACUCUUGGGAUUUUGCAUCCUUGGCAAGUUUUAUUGAAAAUUUUGGUACGCAUGUUGUUACGUCAGCAACAAUUGGUGGAAGAGAUGUAGUUUAUAUCAGGCAGCACCAGUCAUCUCCUUUGUCGGCAUUGGAGAUUGAGAGCUACGUGAAAGAGAUUGGGGAUCAGAGGUUUCUGGACUCAAAAAGCCAAUCAAGUGCUGGCCCCUUAAAAUACAAGGACAAGGAUGUUACUGUAAUUUUUAGGAGGAGAGGAGGUGACGAUCUCGAGCAGAGUCAUGCCAAGUGGGCAGAGACUGUAAAAUUGGCACCAGAUGUUAUUAACAUGACAUUUACACCCAUAGUUUCCCUGUUGGAAGAUGUGCCUGGAAUAAAGCAUCUAGCUCGUGCAAUUGAGUUAUAUCUAGAAUACAAGCCACCUAUCGAAGAUUUACAGUAUUUCUUGGAUUUUCAAAUUGCUCGAGCUUGGGCUCCAGAACAGAAUAUACACAGAAAGGAGCCUGUGUGUUCCGCCCUUCAGUUCAGCUUGAUGGGUCCAAAGCUGUAUGUGAGCCCAGAUCAGGUAACAGUUGGUCGUAAGCCAGUGACUGGGCUUAGACUUAGCCUAGAAGGGAGCAAACAGAACCGACUCGCUAUCCAUUUGCAGCAUUUAGUGUCUCUUCCAAAAAUUCUUCACCCCCAUUGGGAUGCACAUGUGGCCAUUGGCGCACCCAAGUGGCAGGGCCCGGAGGAACAAGACAGCCGUUGGUUCGAACCUAUCAAGUGGAAGAACUUCUCCCAUGUAAGCACGGCACCCAUUGAGCACACGGAAACUUGCAUUGGAGACCUCUCUGGUGUUCAUAUUGUCACAGGAGCUCAGCUUGGUGUAUGGGAUUUUGGUGCCAAAAAUGUGUUACACCUCAAACUUCUCUUCUCCAAAGUACCCGGCUGUACAAUAAGGCGGUCUGUUUGGGAUCACAACCCUUCCACCCUUUAUACUUCACAACGGCCUGAUGGCACUUCUUCAUCUGUUUCAAGUGAUAAUAAGGAAGCCCAGAAAAAAAGAAGUGAUAAAAAGGAAGAUAAUUCAAGCCAAAUUGGAAAACUGACCAAAAUUGUAGACAUGACAGAAAUGUCAAAGGGGCCGCAAGAUAUUCCUGGUCAUUGGUUAGUCACAGGGGCAAAACUUGGGGUUGACAAGGGAAAGAUUGUAUUGCGCAUAAAAUACUCCUUGCUGAAUUACUGAUGUAUUAGGUUUUUUUGUUGCAGUGUUACCCUCCCCACAAAAAACUAUAGUCAGGCAUUCUUUGGACAGUCCAUAUCUGGUCUGUUUUGUACAUUUUCUUUUUAUCCUAUAGUUGUUUUGUU